AUGCCAGGAAUGUAUUAUCGUGACAUACCUCCAGUGCAAAAUCAUCUGUCUUUCUUAAAGGAGCAUGUGAUUUAUAAGGAGGCUAUCACUAUUAAAUAUCCUUUGGUAUUGUCAGAAAUUCAUCAAACCUAUCGAAUUGUUUAUAUAAAAGAUGUUAUUUUGCCAGGAGUAUUGGAUGAGGUAACUAUUGCAAGUCCCAGUGCCAUCAUUCCAGCAAAUAAUGCUACUGUUGUUUUGUUGCUAAAAGAUGAUACUUCCUUUAUUCAAGAAUUAUUUGCAAGGAUGAAAUCGCCUUCCAUAUCUGAUGAAUCAAAGAGGAACUUGGACAAAUGGGCUAAGAACUUGUACCUUGCAUCAAUGUGCUAUGGUCGUACUGUACCUUGAUACAUAUUUAAUUGGCUAAAACCUUCAUCAAGGUCUGACAGUAGGGUUUCUCCUGCUGCUUCUCAAGUUAUCUUGUACAUGGAGCCAUGCUUGAAAAACUGGGAAUGGAAAGCUAGAGGCAGGCCGUUCUAAUCUUGUUUGAUGCCCUGCUUUGUAUAUUUUGGGUCUGCUUCAUGUUGACAAAAUACUUUAAAUUACCAUCAUAUAUCAAGUUCUGGUGGCCUGCCAAAUUAAAGAAUAACUCACCUUAUACUGGUUAUUUUUGCUUUGUCUAUGUUGCCUACUUUUUGAAACUCAGAUGAAUCAUGGUGAGCUAUAUAUAUCAGCUCACCUUAUACAUGAAUGUAUUGAAAGAUUAUGUUUUUGAUGUAUAAGUGAAAUAAAUUUAUUUAUUA